AGCAGCAGCAGGAGGAGCAGAGUCCGGGCAGGGUCCCCAGGGUGCUGGGUACAGACACAGCUUGGGCUCGUCCUUUGUCUGUCUGGGUUAAGAGCGUCUGUUUAAUUUUUAGGACACCUCUACAUCUGGCUUCAGCCAAUGGCCAUGCAGAUGUCGUCAGAUAUCUGCUAAGAAAGAACAGCCAGCCCAACCUCGCUGACAACUUCAAGAGAACAGCCCUGAUGAAGGCAGUCCAGCAGGAGCAGGAAGAAUGUGUUGCUGUUCUGCUGGAACACGGUGCCGACCCCAAUCUGGCAGACGCUGAUGGCAACACUGCCCUUCACCUGGCUGUGCUCUCUAAAAACACAGCUGUAGCAGGGCUGUUACUGGAGCAUCAUGCCAACAGUGAUGCUCAGAACCAGUGGGGAUUUACCCCCUUCAAACUUGCAGCCUUGCAACAGCACGAGGAGAUUCUGGAGUGCCUUGUGAACAAAGCAGCUGACAGGCCUGCUCAAGCCCAGGGGGAAAGGACUGCUCUUGUGGUUCCUGGAAGCCAUGGGGCUCACCUGGAGGAAGAUAAUCUGCGCUUGCAGGAGGAGCUGGACAGGGCUGAGCCGGAGCUGCAGGAGGAGGAAGAAAAGCAUCUUCAGUCUGAGCAUUGUGUUCCUGACUUGAAGAGUGCCUUGGAUGCCAAGAAAAGAGAGGCAAUAACUUCCUCCCAGGAACUGCAGGACCUCCUGGAAGAAGACGUGCAACAGUAA